AUGUUGCUCAUUCCAGAAGAGAAAGAGAAUUCGGACACCGACGAUUUCGAGAAACUUCUACAGCAACAAAUCCAAGAAGAUAGCGGUGAAGACAAAAAAAUCCGAGAAUUAAAUGAAAAAAUCGAGCAACAAAAACUGAAAAUGGAAGAAGAUAAAAAGAAUGAAGAUCAGAAAAUUCAAGCUGAAGCUCGAGAGUUUGAAGAAAGAAUAAAAAUAAUAGAGAUGGAGUUCCGAGAACCGGAGAAACAGAAACAGAAGUUGAACGAUGAAGAAACGAAAAAACGUCUCCAGGAAAGAGAUGAGUAUGAAAAAGAAACAGAAAACAUUCGACAAACACAUAUAGAGAUAGGAAUGAAAAACCGUAACAAUGUUGAAAUUCCACAAAGUUCUGAAAUUGAUCAACCCACUAGCUCUAAUACUGACAGACCAGGGAAAAUUAGUGUUGGAUUCCAACGUGAUGAAAUGGAAGAUACCGACAGACCGAAAACUUCCAGAAAUCUCAAGAAUAUUAUGGAGAUGGGCUUGAACAAUUCUAGCGAAGCAAACAUGAAAAGGGAGCCAGACUUCACUGAUGAUUGCUAUUUUCGAGUUCCUGGUUGUGACAAGGAAAGAGAAGAGUUCUUUAAAUUGUUGCACAAAGAAAAGAAGCUGAGUAAUCAGAAUAAGGUUAUUGAGUACCAGGAACAGACUCGCACUAUAGAAACUAUUAUGUACAUAUGCUUGCAAAAGUUGUUUCAACGCUCGUUCGAUUAUAAUGUGUUGGUGAAUGAAUUGAGAAACGAGAAUCUGGUCACAGACGAGAAGCAAAAACUAUUGCGCGAAACUUUUUUGACUACUCUUGCACGUAACUUCGAAGUGAUCGAAGAGUCCACAAUUCACACUGAAAUUAUAAUGUUAAAAGAUGGAGAAUACAACGUUUGGACGUUAAGAUUCAAAAGGUUCAAUGAGGAAGAAACGACAACAUCUACCGGUAACGAGAAUAAUUAUCUGUGUUAUACAUUAUAUGAAGAAACUGUGAAAGCCCCAGAUGUUCAAGAAGAUGAAACAUUGCACAACCAACAAGGGGAUCAACCCGAAGAGAACAAUGAAAGUGCAACCAUCUCGGAAAAUUCACAACAUGAAACCAGGAACAAAUCGGCCACCCCGGACACAAACAGAAAAGAAGAAUCGAAAGAUUCGGAAGCAGACGAUUUCGAGAAACUUCUACAGCAAGAAAUCGACGGAGCUAAAGUUCAAGACGAAAAAAUCCGUGAAUUAAAUGAAAAAAUCGGCCAACAAAAAGUGAAAAUGGAGGAGGAUAAAAAGAAUGCUGACCAGAAAAUUGAAGCUGAAGCUCGAGAGUUUGAGGAAAACAUCAAAAAAGCGGAGAAGAAAUUUCGAGAAGCUGAGAAACAGAAACAGAAGUUGAACGAUGAAGACAUGAAAAAACGUCGCAAGAAGAGAGAAGAGUAUGAAAGAGAAACUGAAAAAAUACGACAAGAACAUAUGAAAGAACUGCACAACUUCGUGGCAGGAUUUUAUGAAUGUAUCAAAUUGAAAAUGCGAUGGGAAUUGAAGGAGGAUGAAUGGGUGGACUGGUUGAAGACACUCCGCUCUCUGGUUGCACGGGCGAGGAAUCAGUUUUUGAGUUUUGAGGCGUCGUUUGGCAGUUAUGGAGUUGAAGAUGUAGAAUCGAGGCGUUGGGCAGAGGAAGACCUUCAAAAACUCCAUCAUGAAGUCCUCUCCACUCAUGAGGAGCUCUACAGGGCAUACUUUUUUAUCAAAGACCUUUCUAGCCAGCACUCAGAUCGCACUUUCCUUUCUAUUCUCCAAAACCUACUAUCCAAAAUCUGUGGUUCACUACUAACAGUGCUCCAAGGAAUUGAUGGGACCAAGGUGAGAUUCAUAAGGAAACUGGAUAGAGAACAAGAUUUAGAAAAGUAUAAGAAUAUUGAAGAUCCAGAGAAGUAUGAGCCGAAAAGCGAGGAGAUGGCUGAAAGCGCUGAAAAUAUUGAAAAAGAAUCUGUGAACCUGGAACAUUCAUCAGUAGGAAGCGAAAGAGGAUCUGAAAAUCGAGAAGUAUCUGAAUCAGUUGUAGAAAAGUCAACGGUGGAUCAGGCUGGCGUAGUGACGGAAUCUGAAAAUUGCGGUGAUGGUUUUAAAAUGGAUUCUAAAAUCGAAAUUCCAAAAGAAUUGAUUCAAGAGCUCCACAGCUCCUCGAGAAAGCGCCCCAUCAAAACGAUCCUCCGUGAAAACUGGGGACUGGUUGAGAAGAUCGACGCCAAACUUAAAGAUGCAGACACUUCUAAAAACGUGAAACCAGUCCCCGCUCAUCUCACACAAAACUUUUUGAGUACUGUAAGUGUUCUGGUCAACCCGCGGAAGUUGCGGAGGUCGAAAAGUGAGCCGCCGGAAGAUGAGGUCUCGGAUUUUGAGAACGAUUUGAGGGAUGCGCAGAGAGACUGGCGAGGUUUCUUCUAUAAAUAUGAGAUGGAGAUUCAUGACUUUGCAGUGAAUGCGAAGAAAAAUGGAGUAGAUUUUCAUGAGGAGAUGUGGAAGAGGGGAAGGAUUGAGAAACUCACCACAGCCGUCUACAACAUCUCCGAACGAGUACAAAACAAGACUGUUAGCAUCAUCCCUCCAUCCCGAUUUAUCUUCUCAUUCAUCAGUUUUCUGGCUAGUUGGACAAUCAUGCCAGUCAUCAAUACUCCCAGAAAACUCAGUGGCGCCGCGUCGAGUCUUCUGAGGUUCCAAGACAGGAAGCCAGUUGAGAAUGGGUAUAGUCAAAAUGGGACUCAGAAGAAUGGAACAAUAGCGAAUGGAGCUGAGAAAAAUGGAGCUGUAAAGAAUGGAACCCCAAAGACAGAUUCAAAAAUUUCAAACCUGAUAAUCACUCCCGUGGAAAGUGAUGAAAAGCUCAGAAAGUUCCAUGAAGAGAUGAAAGAUACGGAAAAGUUUAUAUCGGAGAAGGACCAGGAGUGGCACGAGAAAUUGAACAUGUAUCAGAAGGAGAUUAGUGCGAGACUAGAAGUCCAAGAGAAGCGUCUAUACUCCGAAAUCGAAAAAUUCCAACAAGAAAAGGAAGCGCGCCGUCAACAAGAGGAAGAAGAGUUCACCAAGCGAAUGAAUCAACAAGACACUGAAUUUCACAAAAUUAUCAAAAAAAUCGAUGAUGAGCGGAAGAAACUCUCGGAAGAAGAGCACAAAAACUUGUUGGAAACCUGCAAAAAACAAGAUGCCGAGCUUCUGAAUCUUCUGGAAAUGACGUUGUCUCCAAAAUCUAUACAAAGAAAUUGGGAGGAGCACGAGGACUACUGGUCGAGUCGUUUGCAGAUUCUAAGAAAUUCAUUGGCACUGGUUCGUUCCGAAUUUUGGCAUUUCGAGAGAUAUUUCCGGCAACAGUCGGAGAAUCCGGAUAGGAAUCCGAAUUUUGUGAAAACUAUUUAUGAAAUGGAAUCCGCGUCAUUCGGUCAAACAGUCACCAGAGCCCAAUCUCUUAUCAAUAACCAGCACGAGUUUUUCGAUGCACUCUUCGAUAAAUAUGAUGAUGACUUCUUCCUUCGAGUGCUAUGGAAAAUCACGAGCAACAUUGCCAACCAGCUCGACAAAGUCAUCUUAGAGCUCUGGAGCAUCGCUGUGAACUCAAGUGACUUUGACCAUUUCAGACUGAGAUCUGCUGUGCUGGAAAUUGAUCCAUGUUCUAUCCCUACCUCAUGGAGACUCAAAGGAAUCUGUCACUCAGCGGAUCCAUCGGACUAUGAGGAUGCUUUGAGUAAUAGCUCACCUUCUGUAUAUAGUCAUUUCUGA